AUGUCUUCUUACUAUAACGAUCGACGAGGUGGUAAUGACGAUAAAAGAUGGAGUGCUAGUAGUUAUGAAAACUAUGCAAGACUAUAUGUUGGACGAAUCUCUAGAUCUAUCACAGAACGUGAUAUUGAUGAUGCUUUUGCAAAAUAUGGAAGGAUUCGUGAUAUUGAUAAUGGCUUUUGCUUUAUACAUUUUGAUGAUCCGAGAGAUGCGGAAGAUGCGAUGAGGGCUUUAGAUGGUGUACGUAUACCAGGGAAUGAUGAAAGAAUUAUUGUAGAAGUUGCAAGAGGAAGUAAUUGGCGGCAAAAUCGAGAAAGUCGGUAUAGGGGACGUUAUUAUAAUAAUAGACAACCUCGUGAAAGAUGCUUUAAUUGUGGUCAAAUAGAAACAGGACAUCGAGCCAGAGAUUGCAGAAACUACAGAAGAUCAUUUUCCAGAGAUCGAUCCCGAUCACCUUAUUAUAGAGACGUAUAUACACCACCAUCUCCUCGUCGAAAUUCAUCUCGUUCUCCCGUUCGUUCACCUCGUUCACCACUAUCACCACCAUACAGAUCAAGAGAAAAGAAUCGAGAUGAUGAUAGAUAUAGUAGUAGUAGAGAUAAUCAUCGUUACCGUGAUUCCAGUAGAAGUCGCCAGCAUUCUCCAAAAAGACGUUCUUCUCCUUCACCUUUAACUGCUACUUCAUCUGAUUGA